AUGGCUCGGGGACUGCCCAGUGCCGCCUCCCUGGCACAUCUCUGCAGGAAGCUGAAUCGGCUGAAGCCACUGGAGGAAUCUACCAUGGCCACGUCGUUGCAUCGCUGCCUGUCCACGCUGGACCUGACGCUGCUGGGUGUGGGGGGCAUGGUGGGCUCAGGCCUCUAUGUACUCACUGGGACUGUGGCCAAGCAGAUGGCCGGCCCGGCUGUGCUGGUCUCCUUCGCCAUGGCCGCUGUGGCCUCUCUGCUGGCUGCCCUGUGCUAUGCAGAGUUUGGGGCAAGGGUGCCCCGCACAGGCUCUGCCUACCUGUUCACUUAUGUGUCCAUGGGGGAGCUGUGGGCCUUCCUCAUCGGCUGGAAUGUGCUCCUUGAGUAUCUCAUCGGUGGCGCUGCAGUGGCACGAGCCUGGAGUGGUUACCUGGAUGCCAUCUUCGGCCACCAAAUCCGAAACUUCACAGAGGAACGCCUGGGUGUCUGGGAGGUGCCCCUGCUGGCCAGCUCCCCAGACUUCCUGGCUGCAGGCAUCCUGCUUGUGGCCUCAGCCUUCGUGUCCUGUGGCGCCCGAGUCUCUUCCUGGCUAAACCAUGCCUUCUCAGCCAUCAGCCUGGGCGUCAUCCUUUUUAUUAUCACGUUGGGGUUUUUCCUGGCUCGCCCGCACAACUGGAGCACUGAGGAGGGAGGCUUUGCACCCUUCGGAUUCUCGGGCAUCAUGGCUGGCACUGCCACGUGUUUCUAUGCCUUUGUGGGCUUUGAUGUCAUUGCUGCCUCCAGUGAAGAGGCCCGAAAUCCGCAGAGGGCAGUGCCCAUGGCCAUUGCCAUCUCUCUUAGCCUGGCAGCUGGUGCCUACAUUCUGGUCUCUACUGUGCUGACCCUCAUGGUGCCCUGGCACAGCCUCGACCCAGACUCGGCGCUGGCAGAUGCCUUCUUUCGGCGUGGCUAUCGCUGGGCUGGCUUCAUCGUGGCAGUCGGCUCCAUUUGCGCCAUGAACACGGUCCUGCUCAGCAACCUCUUCUCACUGCCACGUAUCGUUUAUGCCAUGGCCACUGAUGGGCUCUUCUUCCCACUGUUUGCCCGCGUGCAUCCCAGGACACAGGUGCCCAUGGCAGGCAUCUUGGUGUUUGGGGUCCUCAUGGCCCUCUUGGCAUUACUUCUGGACCUCGAGGCACUGGUCCAGUUCUUGUCCAUUGGCACACUGCUGGCCUACACCUUCGUGGCGGCCAGUGUCAUAGUACUACGCUUCCGGAAAGCUGCUCUGCCCGACUCCCAGGGCCCAUCCAGCCUGGGUGCCCUGACCAAGAGGCACAGCUCCUUCUCAGAUCACCUUCAGCUGGUGGACCCUGAAAAUGCCUCAGCCCCUGAGCCUGGGCAGCUGCGACCAGCCCUGAGACCCUACCUGCACUUCCUCAGCUGGUGCAGUCCAGGAACAGCGGUGGUAUGGGCACUGGUCAUUCUGGUGGCAUCAGCCAUUGCCUUGGGCUGUGUGCUGGUCUUUGGUGGUUCAGCCCUGCACCUUCCUCGGUGGACCUAUGUCCUACUGCUUCUGCUUAGCAGCAGCAUGUUUCUACUCAGCCUCCUCGUCCUGGGAGCCCACGAGCAACAACACAGGCAGGAUACCUUUCAGAUCCCCUUGGUGCCCUUGACUCCAGCCCUGAGUGUCCUCCUCAACAUCUGCCUCAUGCUGAAGCUGAGCUACCUGACCUGGCUGCGCUUCUGCAUCUGGCUGCUGGUCGGACUCGCUGUGUAUUUUGGCUACGGCAUCUGGCACAGCAAGGAGAACCUGCGGGAGCCGCUGGGACUGACCACCACACGCUACGUCAUGUUCCCCAGUGGGAGCCUGGAGGAAACUGUACAGGCUGUGCAACCCUCCAGCCAGCCCCCUGCCCCGGAGCCCAGUCACAUGGAACAGCCUGACAGCCCGUGA